GGGUCCCAUGGAUGACCGCCUGCCAGAAACCCGCUCAGACACGCUGCAGGAUGUGGCAGAAAAUCUAUUCCAAGAGAUCCAAGAACAUUUUCAAGCUCUAACUGCAACGCUAACCCUCAGAAUGGAAGAAAUGGGGCAUCGCAUCGAGGACCUACAGAAGAAUGUAAGUGAUUUGAUGGUGCAGGCUGGGAUUGAAGCUUCCGUGAAAGAACAAAUGGAGAACUGCUCAAGGACGUAAGAAUACAGGUGCAGAUGUAGAGCAACAGAACCUCAAAAUGCCAAUCCCACAGCACGGGUAAUGGAAAGAACCUGCUGAGGAGGAGAGGGGGAGCCAGCACUCGCCUUCCACAACCUCACCAUGAAGUGCUGCACCCCAGCCUGGACAGCAUGUUGAUGGGCAGUCUGUGUGUCCUAACAUCUCCAGCUCUUCUGUUGGCCAGUGUUGAAAAUACAGCUUUUACUUUCCAAAUCA